AGGGAGUAUCACUAUAGCUUGUUUGUGAGAUGCGAAGUGGGGGUAUUGAUUUUGAUUUUUGAACCAUAAUUGCAUUUGCGCACUAUCUCUUGUAAUUUUCCUAGUUAGAUUCAUUCUUAUCAUGGUUGCAUUUGAACCAUCUCUUGUAAUUUUGAUUUUUGAACCAUGGAUGCAUUUGCGCACCAUCUCUUAUAUCGUGACAUCUUUUGUAAUUUUCCUAGUUAGAUUCACAUAAUACUUGUACUUGUGGACAGAAGGCAGAAAUUAUAUGUUGCUCCGUUUUUUUUUUUUUUUUUUGAAAAUCGAUAGAGCAAUUAUUUGUUGCUCCGUACUAGGCCAAUAAAUACAAAAUGCAUAAUUAUAAGAAAAAUAAAAUGCGAUAAUCACGUUUCCAAGCCUUAUAUUUUUGAAAUUUAAAAAAAUCAUUAAAUAUCACCAAAAAUCCCUCCCUAAAUUUCCUAAAACCCCAUAAAAAAGGUAAAAAUAAUGGAAAUUUCUACUUAUCUUUUCUCAUUUCUCAUGUCAGUCUAACGCCCUCUUCGCUCUAUCCCUUAUUUCUCUCUCCUCUUCUUCUCUGUCCUAGCAAUAGCACUUAGCAUUACUAGCUUAUUUACCAAUUUUUACAUUUUCUAAAGAUUAGGGUUUCAUCUUAAACCCUAAAUUUCGCUGUAAUUCCUCAAUUACAAUUCAACAUUCAUUAUCACAGAAAUUGGGUGCAUUUUCUAACAAUGGAUAUUCGGAAAAGUAGCGUGUUUCUUAGAAUGGAAACCACUUGCGAGUCUCUUCUCAUUGAGUUGAAGGAAAUAUGGGAUGAAGUAGGAGAAGACGAAAGUGGAAGGGAUGCCAUGCUCUUGGAAAUCGAGCAAGAGUGUUUGGAGGUGUAUACUAGAAAAGUUGAUCAAGCAUACCAAUAUAGGGCUCAGUUACGUCAGGCAAUUGCUGACGCGGAGGCAGAGCUUGCACAGAUUUUCUCUUCCUUGGGUGAGAGACCCAUCAAUAUAAGGCAGCCUGAGAAAGCUGUCGGGUUGAAGGAAGAAUUGAAUAUGAUCAGUCCUUUUCUGGAGGAAAUGAGGAAGAGAAAGAGUGAAAGAAAGCAGCGAUUUGUAGAAGUUCUUGAUCAAAUCAGCAACAUCUCGAGUGAGAUUCUUAGGUCUGCAGCUGAUUCUGUUUCCCAGAAGACUGUGGAUGAGAAUGAUCUGAGUUUGAAGAAACUAGAAGAACUGCACACCCGACUUCUUGCACUGCAGAAAGAGAAGAGUGAUCGUCUGAAGCAGGUUCUUGACAAUUUGAGCACUCUUAAUUCCUUGUGUGCGGUGCUUGGCAUGGAGUUUAGAGACCAGAUUUGUGAUAUAAAUCCCACACUAGAUGAUUCUAAAGGGAUUAGAAACAUUAGUGAUAACACAAUUCAAAGGUUAUCUAAUGCCAUACAUAACUUGAGGGAAACCAAAAUACAAAGGCUUCGAAAGCUUCAAGAUCUUGCUAGCACGAUGCUGGAGCUGUGGAACUUGAUGGAUACUCCACCAGAGGAGCAGCAUAUGUUUCAUAAUGUAACCUCCAAGAUAGCUGCUUCAGAACCUGAAAUUACUGAGCCCAACUGUCUUUCAAUGGAUUUUAUCAACCAUGUUGAGACUGAAGUAACAAGACUCGAAAACUUGAAAUCAAGCAAAAUGAAGGAACUUAUACUGAAAAAGAAGUCUGAGUUGGAGGAGAUAUGUCGGCAAACACAUAUGAUUAUAGAUGCACAGAGUUUGAAGUAUUUUUCAGUUGAAGCUAUAGAUUCCGGUGCCAUUGACCUCUCCUAUAUGCUAGAACAAACGGAACUUCAAAUCUCAAAUGCCAAAGAAGAGGCUUUUAGCAGGAAGGAUAUACUCGAAAGAGUUGAAAAAUGGAAGGCUGCAUGUGAAGAGGAAUCCUGGUUAGAGGAGUACAGUAGGGAUGAAAGCCGUUAUUAUGGUGGAAGAGGUGGCCAUAUCAGUUUGAAGCGUGCUGAAAAGGCCCGUACACUGGUCAACAAAAUUCCAGCAAUGGUAGAUACCUUGACUUCAAAAAUCCAGACCUGGGAGAAAGAAAGAGGAGCUGAAUUCUCUUAUGAUGGGCUCCGGUUACUCUCUAUGCUUGAUGACUACAGCAUCUUAAGGCAAGAAAAGGAGAGAGAGCGUCAGAGGCAAAGAGAUCAAAAGAAACUUCAGGGAAGACUCCUAGCAGAGGAGGCACGUUUUGGUUCAAAACCCAGUCCAACAAAAAGUGUUAAGAAGGCUCCAAGAUAUUCAAUGAGUGGAGCGGCUGCUGCUAACAGGAGAUAUUCUGUCAGUGGCGCAAUGUUGCAAAGACAAAACUUCAAACCUGAAAGAACUGCUCUUCAUUCACAUCCUAUUAAAAAAUUAGCCCAAUUCCAAGAUGAAGGCAAGAGAAACAAUACACCUUCUGAUCAACUGUACAAGAAGCAGGCCAAAGCCACAAAUUUAAAAGAUUUUGGAUCACCAAAGAAACGCAAGCCUUUUGCUCUCAUUCGAGAUCCUGUAACUGCAGCUGUGCACCCAACCAACACACCAGAAAAGCAGAAUAUGACACCUUCAAAAACACUUUCUGCUGGAAACACUCCAAUAAGCACACCAUCCAAGUUAAAGUCGGAUGAGAAAGGCAACAGUGGCAGCACCCCCAAAAAAGUAGCAACUCCUGUGAAAGUCAGCCCAUCAACGCUGUCCAUUAGGUCCGCUUCUCCCUACACUCCGGCUUCUGUUAAGGCAGUAGAAGUAGAAAAGGAUGACAAUCCUGAGUAUUCCUUUGAAGAACUGAGAGCUGGAUAUUUCCUGCCUCAGAAGACAGCACUGUUUGCAUUGCAAUAUUUAGAUGAAGCUUCACUUAUUAUUAGUUGAUCAAGCGAUUUUGAUGUAUGUUAGGAAGUUCAGAUUUCCAAAUAGAUAGAAUGGUUGAUGUUAGAAGUAUCUUCUUUGUUAUAAUAGAUCUAAUAUAUAAUUCACCAAUUCUUGAAGAA